UCCAGUAUUCUGGCCUGGAGAAUUCCUUGGACUGUAUAGUCCAUGGGGUCACAAAGAGUCGGACACAACUGAGCAACUUUCACUUUCACUUUACUAACAGAAAGCUAUUGCCAUAAUUCAGGGUGGCUUGUUUGGUAUCACAAGGGAGAAAGUGAGACAGAAAUGCCUACGGGUGAGACAACUCAUCUACUGAAUGGAGUAUUGUGAGGGACAUCUAAUCAAUACCAUGAGAAGAAUUUUCUACAAGGGGGUUUUACCACUGAGAGGAAAAGGAAAACAGGAAGCAUUCAGAAACCUGGAAAAGUUGGUACACAAUGAAAGAACUUUCGGAUGAAAACAAGGCCUUUUUCUGGACUGUCCAAACUAGGAAGAUGCUUGAAGUGAUCAUGUAAAACCUAACUUCCUCUUAUUACUGGUGAGGAGCCUGAGACAAAGAGAGAAGCAGGGACUUACUCAAAGCCACACAGCAAGUUGGUAAGAGUGUCCAUCACCACGUUCUCCUGCGACCUGGACCGGCAGGAUGGUUUUGGAGCCCACGAGCUACAUGAAGGGGAUGACCAUUGACUGGGCACUUUGAGUACCCAGCACCUCAGAGGUCACUUUAUAUAUGUUUAAACCUUUACACUUGCAAAGCAGGCACUGCUAUUCCCGUUUUCCACAGGAUAAAAGUGAGGCUCGAGAAAGUUAAGGAACCUAUGCCUAGAAACAGAAUAGAAUACCGGUCUCCAAACACGUUUAUGUGCAUUUCUGCAUGGUCCAGAUUUUGCUAUAGUGAGGUCCUACCUGGAGCAUGAGAACAGGUAAAGGACUGGCACUUGUCACCCACAGUCUUAUGUUUAUUUAGGAAAACAGCCCUGCCCAAGGAACUGGGCUCAAAUUCAACAUCAGCUGAUUCAAUAAGGCACCCUGCAAGCAAAGCGGGAAGAAGAGGCUCCAACUCCUUUCCAUGGCAGCCCACCAAAACCUGGCCUCGAAGAUCUUCUCUUUAUGCUGCAAAUGCUGUGAGAAACCCGAUGCUGCAGAUGACUCCAAGAUCCCCAAUCAAACCCAAGAGCUUCAGCUGUCGAAGCAUGGUGUGCAGAAGGAUGAGCUCAACAGACAAAGUCUUGAGCACAGUGACGCAGCACCCUGCAUGAGUCUGGGGAAAGCCACGCUCCCCUCAGAAAAGACAACUUCCUGUUUCAGCAGCAGUGAGUAUGAUGUAAAUUCACAAGUUUCCAAAAGAGGGUUUCACAAGAGAAGGCUCAGCCGCUACUCCCAGGAUCACUGGCCAUACCAACCAUGCCUCAUCGGGAGGCCCUGAUCAUUCUAGACGGCAGCCCCCUCGCAGGUCUUGGAGCCUGUGCAGCUGUGGAGAGUUCCCAGCAGGAAGAGGGUGGUGCAGCAGGACCAUGAAGACGGAUUCGGAAACUCCCUUCCAGGAGGAGAAGACGUCUGAGCUAAGGCUGUGCUGCCAGCAAGAGCCACUUCAAACCCCAA